AUGGAGCAUUUACUGCUCGUCCUCCUCGGCCUCGUCGGCCCCGCCCUAGCUGCAGCCUCCUAUAUUGUCCCACACAGCUACGACCUAACCCUGCAGCUUCCGAUGAAUGAGAGCUAUGUCGCAGGAUCCGCAAUGAUACAUUUUUCACUGCUGCAAAAUUCGCAAAACAUUACUCUACACGCCCGCGGACUUCACAAUUUUCGAAACAUUUCGUUGUUGAGCUCGAACGACACGGUAGAGCCCCGCCUGAAAUCCCUGCGAAUUCUCGCCGACACCGUCGAGUUCAACUUUGCCACCGUGCUCCCGCGCGGCAAAUACUUGCUGACGAUCGGGGCGUACGGUGCCAAGAUACGAAACGAUUCGCUGGGCGUUUUUUGGCGGAAUUCCGGGGAGCUGCUUGCCACGCAUUUUCAGCCAGAUUUUGCGCGGACGCUGAUGCCAUGUAUUGAUUUGCCACAUUCCAAGGCUCCCCUCCGCCUCCAAAUCAUCCACCCGGCCCACACCAUCGCCCAGUCGAACACCAUUGCCAAUGAUGUCCAAGUGGUGGAUGUUGACUGGCAAAAGACCAUCUUUGCCCCGACGCCUCCCCUUCCCGCCUAUCUCUACACCUUCUCCGUGAUGCCCGACAGUUUCAAGCAGCUCUACCGUGCCACUUCCUUUGGCGUCACCCUCCGCGUCUUCCAUGACCCCGACGUCAACGGUGCCCGUAUCCUCGACGCAGCCGUGGCAGCAUUCGAGCUGUUGGCCAGCCUCUUCGAAGUGCCGCUCCCCCUCAACAAGGUCGACUUCCUGCUCGUCCCCCGCUACGUGGGCGGCAUCGAGAAUUGGGGGCACAUUGUCGUGUCAGAAGAAUUAGCCGCCCCCUCGACAAAUGACGCCCACGUGGCCUACGUGGUGGCCCACGAGUUGGCCCACCACUGGAUCGGCAAUAAGGCCACCGUAUCCUCGUGGAAAUGGGCCUGUCUACAGGAAGAUUUGACCGAUUACAUCAGCUACAAGGUUGUACGCUCGCUGUUUGGUGGGGAUGAGAGAUAUGAGCGCUUCCGGCUCUCGAAAUACGUCGAGGUGCAACUCGCCGAAGAUUUUGUUUCGCCAAACCACUCCCUGGAGCUCCCGGAAAAGAUUGACAACGAAAUGAUGACCAACCAUUGCUAUCUGAAGGGGGUGGCCUAUUUGGAGUCCAUUGAGGGUCUCGUCGGGGAGGGGACCAUCUACCAAUUCUGGUACCGUAUGGGCGGAUUCCCGGAAGUGCUCGUCGUCAACGGCAACAAAUCGACCACAGUAGCCCAGCGAGGCCAAAAGCUGUGGCCCCUCCUCCUCCCCAAUCAACUCAAUCUCCCCCAAUUCAUGUUGACGCAAGCAGCUGAAUACGAGAAUGUGUCCUCUCCGGUCAUUGUCAACCUGAAUUUCACCUCGUUCGUCCGAGUUAAUUAUGAUACGAACACGUGGACGACAAUUUUCAGCCAAAUGAAGCGCGGCCCGGGCGCGUUCUCGGCGGUAGGGCGCGCACAGCUCGUCUCCGAUUUCUGCCACUUCCACAAAGAAGGCCUCGUGCCCGGCGGCACCAAAAUCAAGGAUCAAGUGCUCGAAAUGGUCUACGCACUGCCCGAGUACUUUGAGCUGUGCGACUGGAAUCUGUAUUGGUGCACGGUGGCCCCGUCGGAAUCGCUCGCCGCCACCCUCGUCAAGAGCGUUCUUGUCAACUUCUCGGCUCUCUUCCAAAAUGAUGGCCACUACGGCUGCAAGCGGGGCGGCGCCGCGAAAACGAUCAACUCCUUUUGCCAGUCGUUUUUCGGGCGCAAUUGCGUA